AUGUCUUCACCGCCGCAAUCGCCGCCGCAAAAGAAGCAGAAAACCGCCACAAAAACCCAGUUUUCAGACAUUCUGGAGGACAUCAUACUCAGUGAAAUCCUCCCAAGACUUCCCGCCAAAACCCUAGUUCGAUUCAAAUCCGUCUCUCGUGAAUGGAAAUCGGUCAUCUCAAGUACCCAAUUCGCCAAAACUCAUCUUACGCAUUUGCCUUCUCUCUCCUCGAGGUCUGUUCUUACCCUUGAUUAUUCUUGCAACUUUGAGGCUCUUGAUUAUGGAGAUUACAAUCUUGAUUUCUGCAGAUUUGGCCCUAAUGAUCGUUUAAUUGCUUCCAAUAAUCUUGAUUUCAGCAAAGGCCCUAAUAAUGAACCUUUCAAUUGGUUGGUUGGUUCUUGUAACGGUUUAGCUUUGUUGGUUCCAGAUACUUGUUUUAAAUCCGAUUUUCGUUUUGUGGUUUAUAAUCCUGUUCUUCGUACUGAUGCUGAUGCUUUUAUUGAGAUUCAACAUCCUCAAGGAUUUAAUAUUCCUACUGAUCCAUUGUUUUAUGAUAACCUUAGUUUUGGGUUUGGUUAUGUUUCAUCUCAUAAGGAUUACUACAUUGUUGCCAUUAAGUUUCCUGAGUGCUUAACUCGUCCCGAGUUGGUUGCCUUUGUAUACUCGUUUACAACCCGAGAAUGGAAAAUAAAAGAAUCACCGCGAAAAGAUCAGGAAAAUAGGCUGGUAUUGCAAGAUUACUGGGUUAAUAGAAUUGGAGUUCUGGUGAAAGAAACUUUGCAUUGGGGUAUUGCAAUAGGGGAGAAUAAAUGUAUUGUUGUCUUUGAUUUGAUUAGUCAGGGAGAGUUUACAAAGAUGGAAUUGCCUUAUGCCGAUUUUGGGGAAGGUGUAAACUUUGCUUUUAGUUUGUGCUGUUUGAAUGAUUGCUUGUGUGCUUGGGGAAUUUAUGAUGUUGGAGAAGUAGUAGAGAUGUGGACGAUGAAAGAAUAUGGAGUGCAGGAAUCAUGGACCAUGUUGUUUCGUCAUAGAUCGGUGGAUUAUUAUUGUCGUGAUUUUUUUGGAUUAACCAAAUCUGAAAGGGUUUUGGUUUCCUACUCUAGGGAUGAGCUAAUGCUUGCUGACUUCAGUCGUGAUCCUCCAGAAACUUUUUUGGUUCCUGAAUUUGUGGACAAAGUGUGUGUCGUGGAUUACGUUCAAAGCCUUGUGUCACCUCUUGCUGUAACUGGAAGGGAAGAGGAUGGAUGA